UGAGCAUCACCCCUGAAAUGGGCGGAGUCACAUCAGCAGGAGAUUGACACACGGAAGCGCGCGUGCGUCGCUGACAGUCAGUCAUCGAGAAUGAACAACAUUGUCGGGCUUUUGACACACAGAACCGAGCCGGACCGUUUUUCUCCGUGAAACCACCGCCCCACGCAGUGACCCAGAUACGAGAACAAAUGGAGGACGGAGCCGCCGGAACCACGAAGGAAACUGGGCCCACCAAGCCGCGGGACACUCCGAGCUCCGCAGCUCCCGCCGGGAAUGGACCGGAGAGUCCAACAGGUUCCCACGUGGAGUGGUGCAAAGAGCUGAUUGCUGCCACCAUCUCCAGCCAGAUCUCCAGAUCCGCCCCAUCUGACACCCCAAACAGGGAGAGCAAGCAGGAUGCAGAUGAAGGACUUUGUUGCCACGGAGAAAGUGAUUCUGAGCAUUCGUCCGAUGCUUUGAAGCUUCCAGCUAUGGCAUUCAAAACACCUCUCAGAAUGAUACAGAACCAGGUACCUCUUCUGCCAGGAGAGACCGUCCAACUAACAGUCAAAGACAUGGUGUACAUAUGUCCAUUCAGCGGUCUGAUUAAUGGGACUUUGACCAUCACAGACUACAAGCUGUACUUCACCAGUGUGGAGAAGGAAUCUCCCUUCGUCCUUGACGUAAACUUGGGAGUCAUCAGCAGACUGGAAACUAUCAGUUUUCCUGAUCAGGAAGAGAUGACCAAAGGACUGGAACUGGUUUGUAAGGACAUGAGGAGCCCAAGGUUUGCUUUCAAAGUUGAAGAGACCCAACCCAACGUGGUAGAAGUUCUGAACAAAUACGCCUUUCCUCUCUCCCACAACCUGCCCCUGUUUGCCUUCCAGUACAAGGAGACCUUUCCAGCAGACGGCUGGAAGGUGUACGACGCUGCAGCAGAGUAUCGUCGUCAGGGUCUGCCAAAUGAGAGCUGGACCAUCAGCAGGGUGAACAACAGCUACGAGCUGUGUGACACCUACCCGUCUAUGCUGGUCAUCCCCACCAACAUCACAGAGGAAGACCUCAAACGAGUGGCUUCAUUCAGAGCCAGGCACCGCGUGCCGGUCCUGUCCUGGAUCCAUCCAGAGUCUCAGGCCACCAUAGUCCGCUGCAGCCAGCCUUUAGUGGGACCGUCCGACCGCCGCUGCAAAGAAGACGAGCGCCUCCUCCAGGUCAUCAUGGACGCUAACGCUCAGUCCCACAAGCUCACCAUCUUUGAUGCCCGACAAAGCAGUGUGGCCAUCAGCAACAAGGCUAAAGACGGAGGGUUUGAAAGUGAAAGUUUCUAUGCCAACGCUGAGCUGAUCUUCCUGGAGAUCCCCAACAUCCAUGUGAUCCGGGACUCUCAGAGGAAGUUGAAGGACAUGCUUUAUCCCACCAUUGAUGAAGCCCACUGGCAUUCUGCCAUCGAUCAGACUCACUGGCUGGAGUACAUUCGGCUGCUAUUAGCAGGAGCAGCAAAGGUAGCCCACAAGGUGGAGUCUGGGAAGUCGUCGGUGGUGGUCCACUGCAGUGACGGCUGGGACAGAACCGCCCAAGUUACCUCUCUGUCCAUGCUGAUGCUGGACGGUUACUAUCGCACGCUCAGAGGCUUCCAGGUUCUGCUGGAGAAGGAGUGGAUCAGCUUUGGACACAAGUUUUGUGCUCGAGUAGGUCACGGUGACAAAGACUACGCCAACUCGGAGCGCUCGCCACUCUUCGUCCAGUUUGUGGACUGUGUUUGGCAGAUGACUCGUCAGUUCCCGUCUGCCUUUGAGUUUAACGAGCUGUUCCUCAUCACGGUGCUGGAUUACCUCUACAGCUGCCUCUUUGGGACAUUCCUCUGCAACAGUGAACAGGAGAGAGUCAUCCAGGAGGUCCAGACCAAGACAGCAUCCCUGUGGUCUUACAUCAACAGUCAAUCCGAGGAUUUCACCAACCCCUUUUAUGAAAACUACCAGAACCAUGUUCUGUAUCCACUGGCUUCUUCCAGACACCUGGAGCUUUGGACCAGCUACUACGCCCGCUGGAACCCACACAUGAGGCCUCAGGUGCCGGUGCAUCAGACUCUGAAGGAGCUGCUGAUCCUCAGAGCCGAGCUGCAGAGGAAGGUGGAGGAGCUGAGGAGGGAGGUGUCUGCACGCUCGCCGUCCUUUUCGUCUGAACACUCCGCCUCCCCCUCAGGGACGCCGCUGCACAGCGUCGUCUAAUGUGCCGACUGCUUACCUCCAGACUGAUCUGAACGGAUGUUGGACAAGCUCCCUCUGAGUUCCACCUGCACUCUACUGAUGUGACUUCUGCAUGUUGGGGUGAACAAUCCCUGUCUCUGUCAAAGCUGUGUCACUGAAGGAUCUCCUCGUUCUCAAAACUAAAAACACCCCUUAAACAGCUCUGUGGAGGUCAGUCUGAGCUUUGCUGCUCUGCAUUGAUGCACUGCUGAAGUUUAUCAGCUGUGAAGAUUCAAAAUGGAUCCAAAAAAGGAACAUUUGCUCUUGUCAUUCUCCUGAUUCUGUUGUUCUCCACUGUCAUCCUUGUUGUUGAUCAUGUUUUCAAGUAUUUGAAAUGGAUCUUUUUUAUGAGCCCCCCCCCCUCACUUCUGACAUUCCAUAAAAAUCAAACCAACACCUCAGAGGUCUGUUGUUUAUUUGAUUGAAUUAUAUGAGUAAGUACACCUGCAGCAUUCAGUGUUUGUAAAAGAGAAGGAAGUUCACUAUCACACAUCAAGCUGUAACAUUCAGCAUCAAAUCAGCACUACCGACAGUCUGUAGAGAAAAGCAUGCAUCAAAGUGUAGACAUGUAUCAGAAGAGGAGUGGACUGUGGAACGGUGAGAGGCCUCACGAAGCCUCUUUCACUGAGAACGGACUGCAGACGCAGUUUGGGUUGGAGAGUGAAGGAGCUGGAUGUUUGCUGUUGUGGGUUUCCGGUGCAUGUGACUCUGACGUGGCACGGUGACGGUCAGGCAGGUUCUCCUGCUGCCUUCUCAAGUCUGUUUCAAACGUGGCGUUAAUGGGGAUCCGUAAACACAGUGGUGAACGUUAAGGCAGGUCAGGCUUUGGCUGAAAUGUUUAACCAACUUUCUGUUCUUGAGCUUGGAAAAAGGAAACAAAAACAGUGACUCAAAGAAUCUGAUGAAUUCUAGUCAUGAAAAUAGGAAAAAUAAAUACCAACAUAUAAAAACAUUUCAAUUCCAAAAGAUUUGUAUCUUCAGCAUGACUCGCAUUUGACAUUUUACAACCAGCUUGGAUCUUUAUGCAUUUAAAGAUGCAAAAAAAAAAAAAAAAGAA